AUGAAUAUACAGAACCCCGAUGAUAUUUCCAUUGACGAAGAAAUUUACGAAAAGUACAAAGCACAGCGAAUAAAAGAAUUACUACAAGAAAUUUCUGAAAUAAAAACUGAAAAAGAACUUAUAGAAAUGACACAUAAUGAAACAAUGAUAGUUCAUUUUUAUGAAGACACUUUUGAAACUUGUAAAAUUAUGAAUAAAGAACUUAACAAAAUAUAUAAAGAUUUUGAAAAUAUAAAAUUUUAUAAAAUUAAAGCUAGCAUCUGUCCGGUUAUUACAAGUAAACUACAAAUUGAAGUACUUCCAUUUUUAGGAUUUUUUAAAGAAGGAUUUUUUGUAGAUCAAAUUGUUGGAUUUGAAGGGAUGGGCGAUGAAAGGUUCGAUCCUAAAAAAUUAAAGAAGAAAAUACAGGACAGUAAUAUUUUUAAACCCAUUUCAUUUAUUAAAUAA